AUGAAUGGAAAAUGCACAACGUACAUAUGGUUCCUUACUUUGCUUUGUGGAGUAUUUUCUCAUAAGAAAUACAUCACAGAGCCUGUGGAAAAUGGAUAUGAACUGAAAACAUCUUAUCCUCAACAUCACGAAUAUAAAACCGAUCCUUACCAAUUCGGCUAUGAAAUUAAAGAUGGUAAAGGAAAUGCUCAUUUUCACAAAGAAGAGAGUGAUGAAUACAAUUACAAAAAAGGUUCUUAUGGAUAUACAGAUGCGUACGGAAUUUAUAGACAUGUUGAUUACAUAGCUGAUCACGAGGGUUUCCGUGCGAAAAUCAAGACUAACGAGCCUGGAGUUGAAAAUGAAGACCCAGCAGACGUACAUAUAUACGCUGAGCCACCUCCCUACAAAUUGCAAACUUUAUACGCCAAAACAAAGUACCCGGAGCAAAUUUACACACAACAGCAUACAAAAUAUGAUUAUCCGACGCAUCAUUUGCAACAGCAAUAUCAUCAGGAAAAGGAAUAUCAUUCAAAAACACCGCAUUUCCAUCAACAAAAUUACGAAGAAAAGAAAUAUCCUCCGCAAAUUCCAACCCAUCAUUUGCAACAACAAUACCACGAAGAAAAUGUUUACCAUUCAAAAAUACCUGAUUUCCCUGCCCAAAAAGAAUUAUCAUUUCAAGAAAAUAAUUAUGAAAAAAAGCAAUAUUAUCCAAAAAUCCCGAUUCAACAAUUGCAACAACAAUACCAGGAAGAGCAAGUUUAUCCUUCAAAAGCACCGAUUCAACAACAGUACUUCGAAAAAGAAGAAUAUUUUUCGAAAACUCCGAUUCAGCAAAAACAGUACCAUGACGAAAUUGCUUACCCAUCAAAAACUCUGAUCCAACAUUACCCACAACAAAGACAUAAAGAAAAGUAUCAUCAUUCCAUGAAGGGAAAAAGUUAUAAGAGUGAGCACAGUUCUUGGGUACCUAUUUAUUCUCCACCAAAAAGUAAAUAUGCUACUUACAAUCAUUAAUUAAUAGCUAUGGAUCUUGAAAAUAUGCAAAAUUGUUUUCUUAUUUUCUCCAUUUUCAAAUUCAUUCCAUCAUCAUACUUUUGCAUAAUCUCGCUCUUAAACUUGUAUAUAUUCAAAUAAACAACAAAA